AUCUCACAUUUCCCAAAGACAUUAGGAUAGCCUUGAAGUGGUAAUACUAGUAGGGAGCACUGUGGUGCCAUUUACUUAUGCCUUAUCAGACGAGUCUUCUCGUCGAGUCAUACUUAUGCCCCAAACUGUUUGCAAUGCGCGUUCGUUAUUCAUUGUGUACCAACACCAACUCAAGCUUGUGGGCACAGUGGGCCUGGGAUGCGACUGCCUGCGAUUUGGGCCCACUGUGCGGCCCAUGGGCCCAUGGUGAUGCACGCACACACUCGCUCACGUACAAAGCACGUAGUGCACUAAAUUUUUUUUACUCUCGUCGGCGCUCGCCUUUUUUUCGAAUGCAUUUUCUUGCAUUGUCAGCAUUUUGCAGCUCUGCGUUUGCCGCUCGCCGUUUUCUGUUUUCAGUUUUUAGUUUUUAGCUUGCAGUUGCUGUGACGUGCGGCGGCUGCGCUGAGUUUCGUAUCGUACUUUGGCACACUUCGAACCCCUCUAACCGCCCGUCGAAACCCCCUUUGGGGGUCUGAAAUUUGGGUCACUUUACAAUUUGCUGACCGAACGAUAUACCACCUCGCUCUUGUUUUCCGCCUGACGUCUAUGCAUAUUUAUUCGCCACUCGGCCAUGCACACUUGCAUUUUAAGUUUGCCUCCGUCGCAGCCUAUUUCCCGGAUCCAUUCGUUCACCAAUCUGCAGCACCUCACCUCACCUCAACUCACGCAUGAUUCACUCUUGAGCGCAAUCAAUUAUUUGUUUUCAUUCACCAAAAUGUGCACAGUGCACGCUCCGUGAAUCAGCCACAGCUACUGCUACUGCUACAGCUACCCCCUCUCCAUUCGGUUCCGCAACGCCCCUGCCCCGCCCCCACACCCACGGCGGGUUCAUUGUGCGUUGCGUUGCGCAUUUCACGGUCGUCGAUCCUGCCCGCACGCAACCAAUGCCAAAAACACCCCGAAAAGCGCCGAGGAAAGCGUCCAGGGAAUGAGUCGGAAUCGAGUUGCGACCGGGACAAAGCUGGCCAAGGGGGUAUCAUUCGGCUGACUACUUUCGCGGAUUGCAUACCGCAAGCCUUGCUAAUCACUUAAAAAUUUUUGAACACAGUUUUCUCCUUAAAAAUCACUAACGAAGCUACUCUUGGAGCUCUUAAGUACUGAUACAACUCCAACGACAACAGCCUGAGGCCCGCUAACAACAAGGCAGGUGCAGGAGGCGGGAACGUAGGCGGAGCAGUGCGUCCGGUGGCGCAGGGCGUCUACAACAACACGUAUUUCAUGCACUCGGCCACGGCGCUGGUGGGCAGCGUGGUGGAGGUGCGCCUGCGGUCGGGCAACAUCUACGAGGGCGUUUUCCGCACAUUCUCGGGCAACUUUGACAUCGCACUGGAGCUACCGGCGUGCAUUAAGUCCAAGAAUCUGCCGGAGGAGGGCAAGGUGCCAAAACACAUUAUAUUCCCGGCCGACACCGUGGUGACCAUCGUGGCCAAGGACUUUGACUCGCAAUACGCCACCGCUGGCGCUUUUCAGACGGAUGGCGCCAUCUCUGACAAAUGCAACGGUGCGCGCCUUGACGAGAAGGAACUGGAACCGUGGGACUCUGGCGCCAAUGGCGACAUUGACAUAGAACUAGACAGUGCCGCCAACGGCUGGGACCCCAACGAGAUGUUCCGCAAAAACGAGAACACGUUUGGCGUGACCUCCACAUUCGAUGACUCUCUGGCCUCGUACACGGUACCGCUGGACAAGGGCGACUCGCUGGAGUUUAAGGAGGCCGAGGCCAAGGCCGAGAAGCUGGCAGCCGAAAUUGAAAAUAAUCCGACGUGCCGCGACCGUCUGGACUUGGAGAACGGCGACGAGGAGGCGGCUUUCGCGGCCGUGGAGCGUCCGUCGGCCGAGCAGGAGCAACAACGCGGCGAUCGGGGCGACCGCGAACGCAACGAUCGGGAAAGGGAGCGCGAGGAGCGGGACAGGGACCGUGACCGUGAUCGCGGUAAUAAGCCCCGUGGCGCCGCAGACUUCCAGCUGCGGGAGACCAUGAGCAGCGACCGGUACAUCACCAAGCAGACGCGCAGCAUCACCGGACCGCAGCUAUCACAUGUUGGCAUGUCCUCGCAGAGCAGCGGCCGCGAUCGCGACACUCGCGGCGACGGCAGCCUGAUGAUGCAGGGUGGCGGCAUGGGCGGCGGGGCUGGCCAAAGCGUCUCCACGCAGUCCACGGCAGCUCUCAUGCUGGCCGGUGGCCUGAAGGGCGCAGGUCCGGCCCCGUCGGCCAAUGCGGCCACGGACACGUCCAGCAAGUAUGGCGGCGGUUCGAUGGUGAAACGCAAAACUGUGCCCCAGGGUGGCAAGGUGAUGCGCAACAAUGUGCCUACAGGCGGCAGCAAUGUCUCCGUGUCGCAGGGCGGCAACGGAAGCUCUGUGGGUCAGAGCAAGGGCGGCUACCAGCCGUCGAUGGGCAUGCCGAGUCAGUACUCCUACCAGGGUAACGCGCAGAUCAUGCACGGGUCUUCUCAGUACCGCAACCAAUCUCACAUGGGCGGCGCAAACAAGCUGAAUGGCGAUUCGAACGCCAAUGCCAAUAAGCCGCUGCCCCAGCGCCAAAUGCGUCAGUACCAGGGCACUCAAAGCAAUUCGUCGCUCAACUACGGCGGAGAGCCGCAGUCGCUGGGCAAGCCCAUGCACGGCUCCCAUGGUGGCCAUCCAGGGCAAAACAGUAACUCGCCUCCGCUGCAAACUGGAGUGCCCCAGCAGCAGCAGCAGCAGCAGCAGCAACAACAACAACAACAACAACAGCCGCCGCCGCAGCAACAGCAGCCGCAGCAGCAGCACCAGAACAUACAGACACAAGGGCAGAACACACAACAGCCGCGUCAGGUGCGGACGCGCGACAACCAGAUGCAGGACCUGCGACAAUUUGGCCACGACUUCCAACUGGCCCCCAGCAACACAUCACCGCCCCAGCAGCAACCACAGCAGCAGCAGCAGCAGCAAGUACAGCAGCAGCAACAGCAGCAAGUACAGCAGCAGCAAGUACAGCAGCAGCAACAGCGAGCAUUGCAGCAGUCUGCCUCGCCCCCACAACAGCAGCAGCCGCAACAGCAACACGUGGUCGUGCACCAAGUGCCGCCGACGCACUUGCACCAGGCGGCUCUCUCACAGCCACACUAUGUGCCUCAGCAGCAGCCCCAACAGGCGCCGCCUCCCCAGCAGCAACAUGUGCCGCUCCACUUGCAACAGAAGGCCCAACAGCAGCAAAUGGUAGAUGCCCAGCAUCAGCAUGUGCCUAAGCAGCACCAGCAGCAGCCCCAGGUGCAGCAGCCGCCGCCACAGCUGGUACAGGAUCCAUCGCAACAGCCGCUGCCCAUUUACCAUACAAUGCCACCGCCGCAGACUUCGCCGGUGGUGAUUACCUCGCCCGUUCUGAUGGAGCAGCCGCCGCCACAGCCCAUGCCGGUGGUGCAGCAGCAACAACCACAACAGCUGGUCACACCCAAGCCGGAAGUAUCGCCGGCAGCGAGCAGCAGCACCACCACGCCCACUGGCAUAGCCAGUACGCCCACAACGGGGGUGAUUGCCGGCGCUGGAUCCGAUAAAUCCACCCCGGCAGCCCCCAGUGCGACGAACAGCUCCACGACGGUGGCCACUGGCACGGUCGCUGCUGCUGGUGGUGCCAGCGGAACCACGCCGGUGGUGAAGAAGCCACAUGUGCUCAACCCGUCUGCCAAGCCGUUCACUCCCCGCGGGCCCAGCACUCCAAAUCCAUCACGCCCCCACACCCCACAGACACCUGUGCCCAUGACGAACAUUUACACAACCACGGGAGGACAUGUGCAGGCGCCGCCGACCAACCAGCAGAUCUAUGUGGUGCAGCCACAGCACCCAUUCCAGCCUCCAACACACCCGCAGGCCGGACAGCCACCGCGACUACGCCGUGGUAACUACCCUCCAAUGGCCGCAUCGCAGAUGCACGUAUCGGCAUCCGCGGCCACGGGUCAGCCGCUGAUAACCACCGGCCCCAUACAGCAGUUAAUCCAGUACGGCCAUGCACCGCACCAGCAACAAUUCCAAUCGCAUGCGUACGCGCCAAUGCAGAUGCGCGUGUACCAGGACCAGCCGCAGCAGCUGCAGUUCAUGGCGCACACGCCACAGUCGACCACACCGUCGCCGGGCCAGCCGCACCAACAGUUCCAUCCGCCGCCACAGCCCUCCCCCGCCGGCGGGGGACCCCAGCAAGCGUACACGCCUCCUACGCAGGCGACCACUUACCAGCUUAUGUGCGUGCACCCCCAGUCGCUCAUAGCCAAUCACUAUUUCCCGCCGCCGACGCCGCAGCAUCCGCAGCAGAAUCAACAACAGUAUCAGAUCGUGAUGCAGCAGCAUCAGCCGCAGUGAGAAAACGCCAGCUGGGCAAUGGCGCUUGGGAAGGUGGCGAGCUGGAAGGCGGGGGGAGACGGAGAUGGAGACGGAGGCUCCUCCUUGUUAAUGUCGCCGUAGCGAGUGGGAGCUGUACGGGCAGCCGACAUCAAGCAACAGUUACACAUAUACAGACACACAAUACACAACAUGAAGCACUCACCACACCCGCAUCCGCAACCGCAUCUGCACUUGCAUCAGCAUCAGAAUCCGCAUCCGCAUCAACCUUGAGUAAACGCGCGGCUUUCGUUGUCGCUCCAAGCGAUUUUCGCCCCACAAUUCACAUACAUGCCACACAUCAACCCACAUCCUUAUGCCAUGUGCACGAGCGGCUCAUCCUGUAGCACAUCUCUCACAGACCGAAAAACAACACCAACAACAACAACAACAACUAGGAAAUUAUAAAAUACAAUUAAAACAAAAGGAAACUAGUAAAUUUUUUGAAAUUGCAAGACUUCUACAGCGCACGGAAGCCAAAACACAACAACAGCAAAAACAAACAAACAAUCACUGAAAAACACCAAACGUAUGAAAAAGCAAAUGCAAAAAAAAAACAAAAGAGAAACAAAACAAAAAAUUAGAAUGCUAAAAGCAACUGUCGAAUCAAUUAUAAUACGAGAUCGAUGAGCGUUUGUAAGGAGCGUUUCCUGCCCCGCACAAGUCCUGCUAACUGAGGCGAAAAUUCAAAAACUGAUUGGCAACCAAAUUGAUACAAUCACAUUGUAAACCGAAAAGCAAAUGAAGUAGAAUCAAAAACUUAUGAAGAAGAAAAGCAAAAAGUCAAGUUAAGAUAAGAGCGAAAUUUUGUAAAAUUGUUUUAAACAUAAUUCUUUGAUGCACUUUUGCGCUUCUCUCUGCUAUCUAUGGUUUUAUACGCUUUGGCAAUCGACCGGCACACCCCGACACACACGCUCCCAUCCCCGAAAACCCAGAAAUCCCAGCCUCGCACACCCAAAUGCACGCCCACCCAGCAACACAAAACCCCAGAAGCAAAGCGACAGCGACAGACACCAAAAACCCAAGUCAUCAUUCCAAGUUAGUUUUUCCACCGGUGCAAGGAAAGGGCCAAGCUCCAUCCAGAGCAUUCCGAUUGUUAACUUACUUUAGCAUAUAAUGUAAAAUCGGUUCGGGAAGAGUUUACCGAAGCCAUGAGCCGGAUGGAAGCUCUUUGCUUGCCCUGCGGGAAAUAAAAAACGAAUAAGAAUUCUUA